AGCCCGGGCAGCGGCGGCGGCGAGCCAGAGCAGCAGCAGUAGCAGGAGCGGGCGCUGGAGCAGCCGCGAAGCCUGGGGGAUCCCCGGGAGCCAGCGCUUGCGGCUCAUGAGCCCGGGGCGGAGUCGCAGCCGCCUCUCGCCGCUGCGGCUUUGCGGGUGAAUGAACCUGCCUCCCCCAUCGUCUCCACUAGCACGAGCGGCUUCGCCGGGGUCCCGGACCCUCGCUUCUCCCGACACAAAAUGGACGGUUUCGCCGGCAGUUUGGCUACAACUGGAUAACAACAGGACAGAUGGAUACUGUUCCCAAUCAUUAUGAUGAUAGCAUCUCUGCUGCAAGCACAUCCGAUGUCCAGGACCGUCUUUCAGCUCUCGAACUGAGAGUGCAGCAACAAGAAGAUGAAAUCACUGUGCUAAAAGCAGCAUUGGCUGAUGUUUUGAGACGUCUUGCUAUCUCUGAAGACCACGUGGCCUCUGUGAGAAAGUCAGCACCAAGUAAAGGUCAACCAGGCCUCCGAGAAGCUAUCUCUAUGUCCUGUAUAACCAAUGGAAGUGCAGGAAGUAGAAAAACAAGCCAUAGUUCCUCCGUAUCAGUUGCUAGAAAAGAGACCCUCUCAUCUGCUGCUAAAAGCGGUACAGAAAAAAAGGAAAAACCUCAAGGACAGAGAGAAAAAAAAGAGGAAACUCAUUCUAAUGAUCAAAAUCCACAAAUUCGAGCAUCACCUUCUCCCCAGCCCUCCUUACAGACUCUCCAAACACACAGGCAAACUCAAGAAAGCAAGAGCUCUGCUCCAGCUAAAAGCAUAAAGCGAACUUCGACUGCUGAAAAAUCACAUAGCAUGUGGGACAACUCAGAGGACAGUCGUAAUAAACUGUUGAGGGCAGCUUCAACAUCCAAACUGAUAUCAAAAGUGGCAAAAAAUGCAGAGAAACAUAAAGAUGUCAUUGUCAGCCAAGCAAAAAUGUCAACUCGGGAAAAAAACAGCCAAGAGGGAGAGUAUAUUAAGAUGUUCAUGCGGGGUCGACCAAUUACAAUGUUCAUUCCUUCUGAUGUAGAAAACUAUGAUGACAUUAGGACAGAACUGCCCCCUGAGAAGUUAAAACUGGAGUGGGUAUAUGGGUAUCGUGGAAGAGAUUGUCGAGCCAAUGUAUAUCUCCUUCCUACUGGAGAAAUAGUAUACUUCAUAGCAUCAGUAGUUGUAUUAUUUAACUAUGAAGAGAGAACUCAGCGACACUACUUAGGUCAUACAGACUGUGUUAAAUGCCUUGCAGUUCAUCCAGACAAAAUUAGGAUUGCAACAGGACAGCUAGCUGGAGUGGAUAAAGAUGGAAGGUCUUUGCAGCCCCAUGUUAGAGUAUGGGACUCAGUGAGCCUGAUGACACUGCAGGUUAUUGGCCUCGGCACUUUCGAGCGUGGAGUGGGGUGUCUGGAUUUUUCAAAAGCAGAUUCAGGUUCUCAUUUGUGUGUGAUUGAUGACUCUAACGAGCACAUGUUGACUGUAUGGGACUGGCAAAGGAAAUCAAAGGUAGCAGAGAAAAAGACUACAAAUGAAGUUGUGCUUGCUGUAGAAUUCCAUCCAACUGACGCAAACACAAUCAUAACUUGUGGCAAAUCUCACAUCUUUUUUUGGACCUGGAGUGGCAAUUCACUAGCAAGAAAGCAAGGGAUUUUUGGGAAAUAUGAAAAACCCAAAUUUGUUCAGUGUUUGGCAUUUUUGGGGAAUGGAGAUGUGCUCACUGGAGACUCAGGUGGGAUAAUGCUUAUAUGGAGCAAAACUACUGUAGAAUCCACACCAGGAAAAGGACCUAAAGGUGUAUAUCAAAUAAGUAGACAAAUCAAAGCUCAUGAUGGCAGUGUGUUCACACUAUGUCAAAUGAGGAAUGGAAUGCUGCUAACUGGAGGUGGGAAAGACAGAAAAAUCAUUCUGUGGGAUCAUGAUCUGAACGCUGAAAGGGAAAUAGAGGUUCCUGAUCAGUACGGGACAAUCAGAGCAGUAGCAGAAGGAAAAGCAGAUCAGUUUUUAGUUGGCACUUCACGAAACUUUAUUUUGCGGGGAACAUUUAAUGAUGGUUUCCAAGUAGAGGUACAGGGUCAUACAGAUGAACUCUGGGGUUUGGCAACACAUCCCUUCAAAGAUUUGUUGUUAACAUGUGCUCAAGAUAGGCAAGUUUGUAUGUGGAACUCUGUGGACCACACACUAGAAUGGACCAGGCUGCUAGAUGAACCAGGACACUGUGCUGAUUUCCAUCCAAGUGGAACAGUGGUAGCAAUAGGAACACACUCAGGAAGGUGGUUUGUUUUGGAUGCAGAAACAAGAGACCUGGUUUCAAUACACACUGAUGGUAAUGAACAGCUUUCAGUGAUGCGCUACUCAGUAGAUGGCACAUUACUUGCAGUAGGAUCCCAUGACAACUUUAUUUACCUCUACAUAGUGACAGAAAAUGGAAGGAAGUAUAGCAGAUAUGGAAAGUGCACUGGACAUUCCAGCUAUAUUACACACCUUGACUGGUCCCCGGACAACAAGUAUAUAAUGUCAAACUCAGGAGACUAUGAAAUACUAUACUGGGACAUUCCAAGUGGCUGUAAACUUAUCAGGAAUCGUUCGGAUUGUAAGGAUAUAGAUUGGACGACGUACACUUGUGUGCUAGGGUUUCAAGUAUUUGGAGUAUGGCCUGAAGGAUCAGAUGGGACGGAUAUAAAUGCUCUUGUCAGAUCCCAUAAUCGAAAGGUGAUAGCAGUUGCUGAUGAUUUCUGUAAAGUCCAUCUCUUUCAGUAUCCCUGCUCCAAGCCAAAGGCCCCCAGUCACAAAUACAGUGCUCACAGCAGUCAUGUGACAAAUGUCAGCUUUACACAUAACGAUGGGCACUUGAUUUCAACUGGAGGGAAAGACAUGAGUAUUAUUCAGUGGAGACUUGUGGAGAAGAUAACUUUGCCACAAAAUGACAUUGUAGUAGAAAUUGGUACAACCAAAGCACUCAUCUCUGCCAGUGAAAGUGUGGUAGAGUCCCCUGCACCUCUUUCACAAUCAUUUGAUGAAAUGCCACAAAAUGAAAGUCUAACCGACAGCUCUCUCACAUGUUUGGAGAGCAAUUUGGAGCAGACUGUGGAGGCCAAUGAAGAGCAAAGUGAGGAGCAAAGUGAAGGGAGCAGUCUGGAUCCAGGUGAGCCAAGCUACGAAGAACCAUCCAAUGAGACAAGUGAGGAGCAAAGUGAAUCCACUGUUACUGAAGACCAGCAAGAUAAUUCACCAGUGUCUUAACACUUCAAACUCCGAUGGUCUUGAUUUUCCAUUGGUGUGUGUGCUUUCAUAAAAGGGAGAGGGUUUAAAUAGGGGAGGGGAAGUAGCUGAGAUUUAUGCCCACUCCAGCUGUUGGGUUUCAGUGAGAUUUUUAGUCUGAUUUUGUUUCAAUAUGUGAACUAUCCCAAGGGCCCAGCUUGACAGUUUAUGUCAAGAACUGGUCAAAGUUAGUAGUUGGACAUGACCAUAGGUUCAUUUUUAAUUCUGAAAUUGCUGUCAGGAAGUGGCAUGAUGUAAAUACUGGAAAAAAGGUUAGUUCUAAGGAAAAGCUGAAAUAAACCACUUUAAUCAUGUGAAAGUGUUUUCUGGAAGUACUAACACCAAACAGAAGCACUGAAUAAAUACCAGCUGAAUAAUACUAUGCUGUUUUUCCAGGUGCAUAAAAAAAAAUCUGAAAAAUUAAUGUUGUGGAGCUGUUCUUUCUUUUUUAAUGAAAAAAGAGGAAAAGCAAGAGAAUAAUGCCAUGUUCAUGCAACUGCCUUCUUGAUCUAACACAUAUGCAAUUUUCUAACACUACUAAUUCCUAAUGGAGUGUGGACAUGCUUGCAGUCUGUCUGCCCUAGGUGCUGCUUGUUCUAAGGCAUAUCAUAUCAAGGAACAGUUUUUAUUGAUCCUUGUGUAUAGACCUAUUUAAUCAUAGAACUUUAACCAAACAUCGGAAUGUUUAUGAAUUACUGACAACCUAAAAGUUGAUUAAAAUGUAAGAAGCAAUUGUGUUUUCAAAGAAUUGCUGGCCUUGAUAUUUUGAAACUUAAGAAUCUUUAUAUUGACCUGGAGGUGAACAGAAGAGAAUGCAUGACAAGAAAACAAAAGUCUGAUGGUUCUAGGGUUAAACAUAGGCUUCAAGCAGAAAUCGUUCCCUUACUACUAGGAGAAAUAUAAAUAUAGUUAAAUCGUUAAAUUGGUGCUUGGGAUUAGUAUAGUAAGAUGUUAUCUUUUUUUUUUCCUAUUAUGGGGUGACUUUAAGAAUCAAUAAACUGCAAAUGUUUUUUUACUGGCUCCUUUAGCAGUCAUGAUAAUAUCACAAUAAUUUAGAUAAUGUUGCGUAUUUUGAGAUUUCCUCUUUUGAUGAUUUUUCUCUCGCCGAGUUGCUGUAAGCCGUGCAGCUCUUAUGUGGCUAUACCUGGCCAGUUACAGGAUAUCAUGGCAUUUGUUAUGCAUUUGGAAAAUAACUUUUUUUUUUUUUUUUUUUACAAAACUUGUCAGACAGCUACAUUUGUUUCUUAAGUACAUAAGUUUCCUACAUUAAAAAGAAAAAAAUAGAUUUACUGACAAAUAUGCAUUUCCUAUGUACUUGUUUAUAUUUUGAUUACAUAGAAUUUUUUUAACUUGCUGCAUCGUGCUGAUAUUUUAGGUUUUAGUUAGAAAGUCUUGUUUAGAAACUUUGGAUGAGUUCAUAAGUCUUAAGUGUGCGAGCGUUUACGUGAUUGUGCCAUUCCAAAGUGCAUCAAAACUGUCAUUCCCUUUCUAGUAUCUUCUCAGGAGUAAUGCUACAGAUCAGGUAUUUAGUCAUCAUUUGGUAAGAUCAGAAAACUCAGAUGGACUCCCAAAGGAUAUUUAGAACAUUUAUAUAUAUAUAUAUAUAUAUAUAUAUAUAUAUAUAAUAUCCUCUUGUUUACAACAGUUCCAGAAAACCUCAAAAUAGUUCUCUUCAAAUGAAGGGAGAUGUGGAUUCCAAGCAACUCAACUGUUUAAACUGUGCUCUGUACAUAGUAUUUUACUGGAGAGCUCUAGUGUGUGUGACUUACAGUUUUGCCAAAUAAUAAUGACAGAAGAUAAAGAUCAGCUCAUCAAAUUAUAUGCUUUCAAAUGAGGAAUAUUCUGUAAGGUGAGAAAAUAAUUCUAAUAAUGGAUAAAGGUUUAUCAAAGCUAGUGAGGCACAGAGCUCUCUCUAUCUUUUUUAUGAACUCCACAUAAGCAACACGUCAUUUUGAAACAUCCAUCACUUAGGGGUUGCCAUGUAAAGUGAGAGUUAUCGUUGUGAUAUUCUUGUGUUGUCGUUCAAAAGAGUCAACUAAUAUGCAAAAAGCCUUACAGCUUUCAAUUGCUGGCAACUACUGUUUAACCGAUAAUUAAAUCUGUGAUAAUGGAUGGAAAUGGGUGGGAUUAUGUCACUGUAGAUGUUUUAGACAAAUAAUUGUGAAUGAAAUAUGAUUCAGAGUGUUUCAUGUGAAGAUGUUUGAGCCAUUUCUAUCUAUCAUGCAUUCCUGUCUCAUGGCAGAAAAUUUUGAAGAUAAAAAAACAAUAAAAUAAUCAAAAUAAUACAUUGUCUUUGUCUUUCAAUAUAAGUGCU